AUGAAAAACAAAAAAGACAUUCGAUUUAAAAAAUUUAAAAAUCCCCUAAGGUUAACAUUUAGCGAAAUUAACAAAGUUAUCGAUGUGACAGCAGGGUAUGGAUUUUCUGUUUUCGUUCUUAAAAAUUACAAUGCAAAUCAAGUUUUCGGAACUGGACUUAAUACUGAUUCUCAAAUAGGUAUGGUGUAUUUCACUUCUCCGUUUCAUUGUCUUAGAAAAACAGUAAAACUAAAAUUAUCAAUCUUUUUAACUAAAGGUUAUCAAUCUUCCAGACAUAAUGCUCCAAUGGGUAUUCUAACGGCUCCGGUACCUAUAAAUUUAGGUUUAAAAAAUCCUACAAAAACAAAAGUGAAGGCUAUAUCGGCAGGAAGAGCUCAUUUAGCAGUGGUCACAGAUUUGGAAGGGGUUUUUACAUUGGGAAAUAAUGCUUAUGGUCAAUGCGGUAGAAGAAUAGUUGAAAAUGAAGAAUAUUUUGGAAGUAGAAUAGUACAUAGAAUUCAUCAUUUUGAAAAUGAUCCAUUUGUUAAUGUCGAAUGUGGACAAGAUCACACGUUAUUACUAACUCAAAGUGGAAAAGUUUAUUCAUGCGGUUGGGGAGCAGAUGGUCAAACCGGUUUAGGUCAUUACAAUUCCGAACAAAAUUUAAAAAGAGUUUCGGGUGAUAUUGAAAAUGAAAAAAUUGUCAAAAUAUCAUCGAAAUGCGAUUGCGUUUUAGCAAUUAACGACAAGGGAGACGUUUUCGGUUGGGGUAAUUCGGAAUACGGACAAUUGUGCGACAGAACGGAUUCAUACACUCAAAUCAACACGCCCUUGCAUAUGAAAAAAUGCGAAGGAUUUGGUAAAAUCGUAGACGUGGCAGCAGCCGGAUCAUUUUGCAUGAUGCUUAACGAAAUCGGAGAAGUAUUCACUUGGGGUUUUGGAAUAUUGGGCCGAGGUCCGAACGCUUCGCAAUCAUUUCAACCGGAAGUGAUACCAUCAAUUUUAUUCGGUCGUAACGAUUUUCAAAAGGAUUCGAGAGUCGUGUCCGUACACUGCGGAGUUCACUAUUGCGGAGCCAUAAAUAACUACGGGGAAAUAUACAUGUGGGGAAAAAAUCAAGAAAAUUGUUUGGGUUUGAUGAUCAAUAAUAACGCGGAUCAAUUUUUCCCACUGAGGGUAUGCCUUCCUGGAAAAGGAAAAAAAUUAGCAUUAGGAGUCGAUCAUAGUUUAGCACUAUGCAAACCAUUUUAA